GUGAAGAAAUAAUGGAAAAUCGCGAUUACAUGUGGAAAAUUGAAGAAAAAUCACGAUAAACAGUGGUAAUUGUGAAUUUAUUUCCGUAACAUUCCAUCAAAUCAACUGACAGACAAAAAGUAUUUUCGUUCUCAAUCCGCAAGAGGGCGAGUAAGCAAAAAACCGAAAUAAUUUCCACAAGAGGGACAAUUUGAUAGAAAACAUAGCCUCCAAAAUUGAGAAUAAAUUUUUUGGCUUGAUAAUUUGGAAAAAAAAUCACUUCUUUUGGAUUUUUGGGCCAUUGUUGCAGUGUAAAAGAUUCAUUUGAUCCUCUGUGGAUUAUUGCAGUUUGUUUUAAGAAUGGUGUGUUGUGGAAAAAAGGGACAAAAAUAGAAAAAGAGCGCGUUUAUUGCGUCUUGUAGGAAAGUUUUGCUUGAGGUGAAAAUUGAAUGGGCGAAUUUUCAUUUGGGCGCACAGUAGCAACGUAGUGGGUGUGAUAAUGAAUUUUCGACCACCAUGGAAGCACCAGGAGGAGCAGAAUAGUAACUGGGUGCGCCAGGGUGGUUUUAGGAACAAUAAAUUCCAGCGGAGGCAGGGAAUUGGGUCAAAUGAUUCACGAGAUCAUGACAGGAGGAACAGUCCCUGGGUGAUGGGGGGCCGUCCCAAUAACUUACCUAAGCCACCUGAGGGCAAUCGAAUCCCCUCACUGUUGGAUUUGCCACCAGCAGGGGGAAUUUGGGAACAACCACCACCGGUCUUCGAUGGGAAUCCACACAAGCAGAAUAGGCCAUUCAACACACAAGAGGCUCCGAUUGCACCACUACCCGUGCCUCCACCAGCUCUAGCAGCUCCAGCUCUGGCUCCGCCUCCGCCAAUGCCUCUCUCGCUUCUACUCCAGAGCGAAAUUUGGGACAUAAAUAACGGGAAAACUCGUGGGGACACCAGACCAAACCCUUCUCCGGUUUCUGUUGCUAAACCUACAGUUAAUAUUCAGCCAGUGGAGACAAAUGUACGCCAAGACACAGAAUCUCGUAAAUCAGAAGAAGUAGAGAAGAAACCUCAAACAGAUGAUCUUCUGGAUUCUCUCAAUAAAUACAAUGAAGAGUUCCAACUAUCAAAAUACACCAAUCCUCCGCGUCCUGAAGAAGGAUGCGCAGAGAAUGUAGGAUCGCAGAUUCCAACUAUUAUUGCUGGAACGCCAAUUCCAACUGCAAAUGUGACACCGCAGAUUACAACACCGAAUGCAAUACCACAGACUCCAACUCCAAGUGUAUCAACACCGAAUUCAACUCCACGUGAGACCAGCAAUACCGAUAGUGUCACCCAGAAGCUCUUAAAUCGCUUAACCCUCAUGGAUAAGCACAACAUUAAGCAGGUGAUAAAUGAUCCGGAACCAAAAUAUGAGUCUGCACUGAAGAAGCGUGCCAAUCAACUUAUCAGAGCCAAUGUGAGGCAAAAGUUGCGGCAUUUUAGCAUUGAGGAGCCCGCAGAGGCAGAUGGUGAGCAGCGUGGCAUUGAGCCAGAUGUAUUUGUGGACUCGGACAAGGUGCCAGAGGUGGUGUUCAAUGAAAUUAAAAAUGUUCUGGGACUUGAGGCACCUGGGGAGUCACUGGAGAACUCAAUUGAGCCAGAUGGUAUGUUUAUUGAGUUUGACAAUGCCAUUGAGGCGACUAUUCCACUGGAAACAUUCAGUGGUGCCCCAAAUCAGGAUACCAUUCAAACAGAGGAUUACAACAUGGAUGAGCAAACGAUCAAGGAGAACGUUACACUGAGUCGCGUUAAUAGGGAGUCUACAGAAAUGCUUGGAGAUGCAAAUACCUUGGAUAGUGUGAUGAAUGAAGCAGUGGACACGAAUGCCCUGAGUCCGAUGAUGGCACAGAAUGAGGAUGAUAACAAUAUUCGGGUUUUUGCGGACAAUGGAAUUGCAAUUCUCUCCACAAAUGAUGAUUUUAUAGAGGAUGGAAGGAAGUCCCAAAUAAGCGUCAAUUCUGUGCCUUCCAAUAACACUAAUGAGUCGCUUUCAAAGGAUAUGCCCAACUACAGAAUUCCUAAGCGAAGGGGACCCUCUGAUAGAUUCCCUCCUGCUCGACAUGAUGAUAGAUAUUCUUCUGCUGGUAGAAGACCCUAUGAUGCUGACCGAUCACGCAGGCACGAUGUCUACCCCAGAGAUUCUCGGGACUCUCGUGACAAUAGUCGUGACAGACGAAGCCGCGAGAGAGAUAGAGGUAGAAGGACUCCCGAUAGAAAUCUCAGAAGAUCAGCGGAAAGAGACCGAAGGCCGCCUGAAGCAGAAAAGAGAUUCUCAGAGGCCGAGAGGAGACAAGAGGACGAUGACAGAAGCACCCCGGAGUGGGAUAGGGAAACAUCAGAGAUGGAUAGAAAACCACCUGAGUUGGAUAGAAGAUCAUCCGAGUUGGAUAGGAGGCCGCCGGAUUUAGAUAGAAGAUCAUCCGAAUUGGAUAGGAGACCAUCCGAUUUGGAUAGAAGAUCAUCCGAGUUGGAUAGGAGGCCGCCGGAUUUAGAUAGAAGAUCAUCCGAAUUGGAUAGGAGACCAUCCGAUUUGGAUAGAAGAUCAUCAGAGUUGGAUAGAAGAUCAUCGGAGUUGGACAGAAGAUCAGCAGACUUUGAUAGAAGACCGUCAGAACGGGAUAGAAGGCCAUUGGAAGUCGACAGAAGACAACCGGAGGGAGAUAGACGACCACAUGAUAUGAAUAGAAGGCCUCCAAGAGGAAGACAGCCAUUUGCAAGAAAUACUCCGGAUGACAUGCGUAAGAGACCCAAUGCGGAUCAGGAUGAUUCUGUAUCGUCGAAAAAGAAAAAGUUCGACAGGAGAGAUAGAGGAGAUGGCCCUGGGCAGCGUAUUUGGUUGUCUCCGGGAGAGAAAAAGUGCCUCCCCCAAUCGGAACCAAAUGAUACACUUUUUGGGCCAAAGUACAAAAGCAAAUCUGUUCAGACGAUGUAUCAGCCGUCAUCGCCCACAAAGAGCCUUGCUGAGCGGGAGCUGAAGAUAUUCCAUGAAAUGAAGCAGAUUGACACGCAAUUGAUGGAGAUGCAGCGUAAAAAGAUUGAAAUUGAUCAGCAUAUUCAGAAAUUGCAAACUGAACUCAUGAGUAUUGAGAUGCAAUCGAUGAAGUUGCAAAAUACGCGAUUUGAUCUGCUCAAUAAGAUCCUCACGAUUCCUGUGGCACAUGAGGAUUCUCUCAUUGAGUCAGACUUUGAAGUAUCUCCGGUGAAAAAUCGUGAUAGAAAUGUGAGCACAUCAAAUGACCAAGAACCGGCUAAGAAACCUCAAGCGGAACAUCCUACACCCAAUCCGGAGGCACUUAAAUCAUUCAAAAUCCCAAAAUUGGCUAAUUCUUCACCAUACGGAUCACACCAUACUCAAGCGGAAGCUGCUGCAAUAAAGAAGAAAAAGAAGCCAACGCCAAAACCACCGCGAAAACCUUCGGUGAGUGUGGCCAAUGUGGUUGAGAAUCAAGUUAAGGAGACUUCAAAGAUUGAGCCUGCAAAGGUUGAGCCCGCCAAAGCAGAGCCUCCAAAGAGUGAGAUCCCAAAAACCCAUCCACUUGCACCGAAAAGGGAAAAAGAAAAGGACAAAGAGAAGGAAAAGGAAAAAGAGAAGGAGAAGGAAAAGGAUAAGGAGAAAGAAAAGGAUAAGGAGAAAGAAAGGGAGAGAGAUCAUAAUAAGGAUAAAGAGAAGGAAAAGCAUCAUAGAGAUCGCGACAAGGAACGGGAAAAGAAUUCAUCAAAAGAUAAGAAACACAGCAAAGGGAUAAAAGUCAAAACUGAGUCAGCAAUGAAGAAAAAAUCUCCAGCACCGACAGUUGCAAAAAUUCACGAAGAACCUCCUAAAGUUGCAACGCCUGAACCUACUCCGCCUACGGAUUGGAGUAAAAUCCUCAAAGAUUGUUCUGUGGGUGUUGAGAGGUACACAAAGGACAAGAUUGACGAAAUUAUAAAUCGUUAUGCUAAAAUAACACCCAAGGAGAAGGAUGGUGGUGGUACCAAAGAAGAGGAAGAAAAGCCUCCUAAAAUUUCCCCCACAGAAGCCCCAAUAAUUGCAGAGAGCACGAAAUGUGAUGAAAGGAAGACUCAAAAGGAAUUGCUUGAGCCAGAGAAACCUCUUCCCGAUCCCAAGGAGGAAAUUUUGCCAACAGAAUGGGCAAAUUCCAUGAAAAGCUCUACAAAAUUCCCAGUGAAUCGCAUGAAAGUCACUGAGGGAUGUGUGUUUGCCUCAGUUGCGGAUGAUGUGUGUCUGUAUCGCUUCUCAUGGGCUUCAGGAGAUGGUUUUCGAAGCAUUCAACUGCAUUCGAAGCCCAUUACUUCCUUUGUAUGUCACAGAAAUGGGCAUAUCUACACCAUUUCAGCUGAUGGAUAUGUGCGCAAGGUGAACUGCCAGGAAUUUAGUGGGUCAGUGAGUGAAUUUGAUUGUGGAGGGCCAUUGGAGAUCAUUGUGAAGGCACCCUGGGGACAGCUGUAUGUUGUUAAGGAAAACAACAAAAUCAUUGCCUUUGAUGCUAAGGAUCUGGCUGAGAAUAAGGAGUUGAAUUGCGAAACUGGAAAUAAAAUUCUCGGAAUAGUAGCAAGUGAAGUCGAUAGUCAGAAAGUUAUCUCCGUAGCAAGUCAGGGGAAUGAAUUCUCAAUCAGGAAUGCCGAUUCUGGGGAAUUAAUAAAAAGAUUCCAUCUUCAAUGGAACAUUGACUUUUUCACGGGACACAGUCACAUGCUGCACUGCGGAAUUGAUGGGAAGGAUCUAAUUCACUACAAAAUCAUGACUGGAGAAGAGAUUGCACGGUGCAAUAUUGGGCAGAAAAUAACUCACGUGAAGCAUCUCACAGAUAUGAUUUUCAUUCUUUCCGCAAAUGGAACAAUUUACGUUUGGAAUUGUGUGGAAAAUCAAUUUAUUGGCAUAGUCAAGGGACCAGAAGGGGGCGACAUCAAGGGUUUCGAUGUGGAGAACAAAAAGAUUUUCAUCAUCACUUCACAAAAUGUAUUCUGGUCGUGUGAACUUCCCGGGAGAUUGAUCACUGAAUCAACGUGUAAAUUAAAUCCUGAAUCAACAGAUGAUAGUUCUAAAAACAAAUCAGAGUAGAAAUAAUAGAGCAAGACAAAUUAUUAUUAUUAUUGAAGUCAUUGAAAUGCGUGUAUGCCCACAAGAGAUAUAAGAUUUAUUAAUUGACAAACAUAAUGUGUUUUUAUCUUUCAGAAACACAGAGAGUAUGAGAGAGCAUUUUAAAUUAUGUAUUUCCGAGAAAUGAAAUGAGAAAAAUUUACUAAAUUUGGAAUAAAAAGCAAAAUUUAGUUUUAAAA